AUGGUGCAAACAUUGUCAAAAGGGCUAGACUUGAACUAUUUAAAAAAUGUACAUAUCAACAAAUCAAGUGUUGAUGCACAGAUCAAAACGAUCUUAUGUAAUCAUGUUGUAAAAUUACCUGAAAAUUUCAAUGCAUGGCUUUUAAAGGCCAUCACCCACAUUGACCUUACUACACUAGCUGGAGAUGACACCAGAUCUAAUGUUUUAAGACUGUGUAACAAGGCAGCAAAUCCAUUACCACCAAACAUUUUUGAGACACUAAAACUAGAAAAAAAAAUUAGAACUGCGGCAGUUUGUGUCUACCCUAGCAGAGUAAAAGAUGUAUAUGAAGCACUCAAAAAAAUGGACAUACUCAGUGAAGUUAAUAUUGCCUCUGUUGCUACAGGUUUUCCCUCUGGCCUGUAUAGCCUAGAAACCAGAUUGAAAGAGGUGGAGUUUGCAGUAUCAAGUGGAGCAAAUGAGAUUGAUGUUGUACUUGACCGGAGUUUAGUUUUAACGGGUCAGUGGGAUACAUUGUACAAUGAAGUGCAGCAAAUGAAGAAAGCAUGUGGUACAGCUCAUCUGAAAGUCAUUCUUGGUACUGGACAAUUGGGCUCUUAUGAGAAUGUUUACAAAGCUUCAAUGGUGUCUAUGAUGGCUGGUGCGGACUUUAUAAAGACAUCAACUGGAAUGGAAGAAGUUAAUGCUACUUUGCCUGUUGGCUUAGUAAUGUGCAGAGCUAUUCGAAAAUACUAUCAGAUGACUGGUGUUAAGGUGGGAUUAAAGCCAGCGGGUGGAAUAAAGACAGGACAGGAUGCCGUCAAUUGGUUGAUCCUUGUAUACACAGAGUUGGGACCAGAAUGGCUCACACCUAAAUUAUUUCGCAUAGCAUCAGGUCUUUGGAGAGGAACGGCAACUGUUGUCUGCAUUAAACCUUAG